AAAGCGGUCACAUUGAUCUAUAAUAAAAGUCAGACGCUAACGCUACGGAAAAUUCUUAUAAGUUUUUAUUAUUUUAACAUGCUGAGAAAGUGUUUAUAUUCAAGUGAAUCUAAAAUUUCGUGUCCACACUCGUAAGACCCGCAAAUUUUGUGCUGGAAUAAACAAAAACAGGAAUUGUAAUGCGAAAAACCCGCUCGCAAACACAGGCGGAAAAUGCCGCUUCUACCACACAGCAACAAUCGACAUCUUCAGCGCCAACAGCAGUGAACACAUUUGAUGCGAACAAAUUUAAGGAAUGUGAGCAGAUGGUGCAGAUGCUACGCGUCGUAGAGCUGCAAAAGAUCUUAUCGUUUCUGAACAUUUCCUUCGCUGGACGAAAAACCGAUCUGCAAAGUCGCAUCGUAUCGUUCCUGCGCACUAAUCUGGACCUGCUCGCACCCAAGAUACAAGAAGUUUACGCUCUAUCCGUACAAGAACAAAGCGCCACGCUGCAGUACAUAGAUCCAACCAGAAUGUACUCGCACAUGCAGCUGCCCGGCGUGCAGCAAAAUAAUGCGAGUCUCGUUGGCGGUGCAGCCGCCGCCGCAGCAGCUGCUGCAGCCGCCCAAGUGCCACCCGGCGGUGCUGGCAAUCCGGCCCAGAUGCCCGUGGGCGCUGGCGGUGCGCCCGGCAAUCUAAUGCCAUUCCUGCACACGCACAGCAUCAACAGCCAGAUGCCCAUCCAUCCAGAUGUACGCCUGAAAAAGCUGGCAUUCUACGAUGUGCUCGGCACCCUGAUCAAGCCAUCGACGCUAGUGCCGCGGAACACACAGCGUGUGCAAGAGGUGCCUUUUUACUUUACACUGACGCCACAGCAGGCUACAGAGAUUGCAACGAAUCGCGACAUACGCAACAGUUCAAAAAUUGAGCAUGCCAUUCAAGUGCAGCUCCGUUUCUGUCUUGUCGAGACAUCGUGUGACCAAGAGGACUGUUUUCCGCCCAGUGUUAAUGUUAAAGUUAAUAACAAAAUGUGUCAGCUACCUAAUGUCAUUCCUACAAAUCGCCCAAAUGUGGAACCAAAACGUCCGCCACGCCCGGUGAACGUUACAUCCAAUGUGAAACUGUCGCCCACAGUGACCAACACAAUAAUGGUGCAAUGGUGCCCGGACUACACUCGUAGCUACUGCCUAGCUGUAUAUUUAGUAAAGAAACUUACAUCCACACAAUUGUUGCAUCGCAUGAAAACAAAGGGCGUAAAGCACGCGGAUUACACACGUGGUCUGAUUAAGGAGAAGCUUACAGAGGAUGCGGACUGUGAAAUCGCAACCACCAUGCUAAAGGUAUCGCUAAUUUGUCCAUUGGGCAAGAUGAAAAUGUCGUUGCCGUGUCGCGCCUCAACCUGCUCGCAUCUUCAGUGCUUUGAUGCCAGUCUCUACCUGCAAAUGAACGAGCGCAAGCCCACCUGGAAUUGUCCGGUUUGCGAUAAACCAGCCAUCUAUGACAGUUUGGUAAUCGAUGGCUAUUUCCAAGAGGUAUUAGGCUCAUCGCUGCUGAAGAGCGAUGACACUGAGAUUCAGCUGCAUCAAGACGGCUCUUGGAGCACACCAGGGCUGCGUACUGAAACUCAGAUUUUAGACACACCAUCAAAACCAACCAAGGUUGAGGUCAUAUCAGACGAUGUUGAACUGAUCGAUGACAGCAAGCCGAUGAAGUCCGAUUUGUCACCAGCGCCUGAGGAUCAACCAACCUCUACAUCCAAUAGCGAAACAGUUGACCUUACCCUAAGUGAUUCUGAUGAUGAUAUGCCGCUGGCCAAACGGCGUCCUCCAGCUAAACAAGCGGCUGCCACCUCCACAUCGAACGGUACUGGCGCCGCUCAACGUGCCUAUCCCUCAUCGCAGCAGCCGCAAAAAACUGAUUCCCCCGAGCAGCAAGCACUGCGAGCAUCGCUGUCACCUGAAACGCAUGAGCAACAGCAGCAAAUGCUGCUUGGAGAUCAGCCAUCAGCAGCAGUUCAUGCCAGUCUAUUGGAAUCCCUGGCUGCUGCGGUUGCGGAUCAAAAGCAUUUUCAACUAUUGGAUCUGGCUGCAGUGGCGGCGGCUGCUGCUGCCACGGCGUCCGCCUCAGCUCAGAAUCCAAAUGCGGGCCCAUAGAGUCUCUCUCACUCUCUUUGUUUCUCUUUCUGUAACAGAAGAAAAUGUAACAAUUGUAAACAAACACUCACCACUCACUCACACACACACACACAACUUCACUCACAAAAUCACACACCUACACACAAACCAUCUUUUUGUUUACUUUUUUAACAUAUAAUUUUGUUUUGUUUUGUUUCGAUUUUUGGUUUGCCUUUCACUCUUUCGACCAAUUUCUGUCCGUUGGCAUUUAUUGAGUACAACACUCAUUUCACAAUCUCAGAGGCUAUUUAAUUCACUUUCAUCACAUUUUUCAUAUAUAAUUUAUAUUUUUAUAUACAAAUUCAAUUAGAUUGUUGCACUGUAAUAUAAUGGCAGUUAAGUAGCAAUUGCUGUUGCUCUUGCUGUUGAAGUUGCGCAUACACAAAUGGUCUGUUGUUCGCUUGCAGCACUUGAAACGUGUUGCUUGCUGCCCGGUUGUUACUGUUCCUACAUCUACUAUACCUAAAGUCAACAGCUUAAAUACUUUAUAUUUAGUAACUUUGAGGCCUCCAACUUAAAAAUCUAUUUAUAUUUUGAUUGAUUUCAUCUCUUCUCUAUGUAGACUUUUGUUUCUGUUUCUUUGCCUAUCUUUAUUUGAUUACAAACACAAACACACAUACCCAUAUAUAUAAAUACUUAUAUAUAAGACAUUUCACACAGUUUACGCUUCUUAGCCAGAUUUAAUUUUAUUAAACACCCACACAACAACUACGAUAGAACAACACUUACUUAAUUUAUUGGGUUGUACACGCCGCAUACCCUUUUUCGUAUUAGUAUAUCAUUUUAGAGAACAAUACAAACAAAAACAAAUAGACCUAUGCAUUACCCACUAGUUUAAUAUUAAAUCAUAAAUCAAAUGUUAAUUAUUAAGCGUACAGUAAUUCCUAUUCAGAGAUAACUACGUACGAAAUAAAAUCGGAAUCGCUUCAAUUUUAAGUUAUGUUCGGGAAUAAUUUAGAUGCUAAGUUAUCGUAAUUUCUUGAAUGCUUAACUCAAUUGCAUUCUAAUAUUGUUUUCCAAUUUCUAUCAUAAAAAAACAAGGAGCAUUGUUCGUCAGUUGUAUUUUUAACACUGCAUAUGUAUGUUAUCUUUUUGAAAACGAAGAUAAAAAUAAAUUUACAAAUUUCACAACUGGAACAUAA